CGGCUCCUGCGGUGGCAGCCGGAGGUGCCCAGGGCGAGGGGGCUCUGCGGGAAGGGGGUGAGGGGCCAGGCUGGGGCCGUGCAUGGUCCUGCUCUGCCACAUGCUUCUCCAUCGGAGGAAACGCCUGCACGGACCCAGAGCUCAGGGGACCACCGUCAUUCGGGACCCCCUCCCCGUGCUCGUAGCCCUCCGGGUCUCCCCCACCUCGGGGGGGCUGCGGGAUGGAGGCAGUGCUGUCCCGUCCCACUGCGCAGGGUGCGGGAUUCCCGUCUUCCCCGGCUGGGGCGAGGAGGCACAAAGCAGUUCCUUGUCCCGCUCCAUCCCUCCUUCCUGGCACGGCAGGGUCGGGGUCCCCGGCUGGUGCUGAGCCCUGACCCUGCUCCCUGCCCUUGGAGCGGGCAGCGGGUGAAUGCUCAGCAUUUUCAGCAUGCCUGGAGAAGCCUUCAUCAGCUGCUCCCAUGUGCCAUGCCUCCUCCUCCUCCUCCUCCUCCGCGGCAUGGAGGAGCAGCACGUUGGGCUGCCCGGCGUGGCCCACGGCCACGGCUCCCCUCGCCCAACCGGGAACAAACCCGCUCUGUGAGCGCACACAGAGGAGCCUUCAGCGGCGUGGGUCCUCGUUCCUCCCUCCUCAUCCUCCCCCGGAACCCCAGGCCCAUCAAUAGCGGGAUUGUGCGGAGCCGGGGCAGGUGCCGGGAGCGGGGGCACGGCCGGCGGCACGGGGCACGUAAACCCCCACGUCUGUUUGCUGGGCAUCGGAGAGCCCCUGCCAGCCCUGCCCAGUGCGGCGGGCAGGGGACAGGCAUCCCUGCCUGCACCCUCCUCUGGCGGGGUAUGAUGGCACGUCCCUGUCCCCCGCAGACCUGGACAAACUGCUGUCGGACCUGCGGUCCUUCCUGCUCAUCCUGGACCGGGAAAGCCUCAGCGCCGCGGCUCGGGCCAAGAAGAAGUCGGUGGCCGAUCUCCUCUCCCGGCUGCAGAGCCCCCCGUAGGAUGCAGAGUACAUGAUCAUGCGCUGCCUCUCGCCUUCCCCGGGGACCCCGCAGGGCCGGGCCAGCCCGGUCCCGCUUUUCUCCCCAGGAACCAGGAUGGUGGAUGGAACAGGAGGGAGAGCUUGUGAGUGCCGCCCGGUCAGCACCCUGAGCCUGCGUGGAGGGAGCAAGGUGCCGGGCGUCUCGCCAUUCCCACCAGCCGAUGACUCCUACGAAGAUGCCGAACCCCUCGGCCCCGGCAGAUGCACUGGCUCCGGCGGUGCCGACACCGACAGCAGCCACUACGAGUCGUACGGGGAGGAUGAGGAUGGCGUGACGGACCGUGCCCACUACCUGCGGCGGCCGCCGGCUGCCGGCCCCGAUGCCGAGCCCCUCGGCCGCCCCGAAGCGCAGCUCUGCGGCUUUCUCUGGAGGAAGCGCUGGCUGGGGCAGUGGGCAAAGCAGCUUUUCAUCGUCCGGGAGCAUGUGCUGCUGUGCUUCAGGUGUGCCGCCGACCCGCAGCCGGUGCUGGAGCUGGACCUACGGGGCUGCCGCGUCGCCUACAAAGCCAAGCGUGGUAAGAAGAUGCCGCACAGCCUGAAGGUGACGGGGACGGCGGGCGAGGCGCUGGUCAUCGGCUUCCAGAGCCGGCAGCAGGCUGAGGACUGGAGGAAGGUGAUCGAAGAGGUCAGCAGCGAUGCCCCGAGCGGGCUGGCAGCCAUCAGCAUCCCGGCAUCACCUUCCUCGAGGCUCGGCAGGGCUGCCGGGUCCCAGCUCAGCAGGGAGGAGGAGAAGGAGGAGGAGGAUUGCUCCCAGCAGAGCCCUGCCCGCAGCCCCCGGCCCGGAGACGAUGCUAAAGGAGGUUUCCUGGCGGUGCGGCUGCGCGGGCGGUGGCAGCGGCUGUGGUGUGCGGUGCGGCAGGGAGCCCUGCGUAUGUUCCCCGAGCCCGGCGGUGCCCAGCGCCCCGUCUGCGCCCUGCGGCUGGAGGGCUGCGAGGUCUCCCCGGGGGCGGCCGCCGGGUCCCCCCAGCGCCUCCGCAUCCGCAUCGCCCAGCGGGGCCGGGAGCUCGCCCUGCUGCAGACCUGUUCGGAUGAGGAGAGGGAAGCCUGGUUGAAGACCCUGCGGGCCAGGGGAGGAGGGGAGCCAGCCGGCGACGGGGCCCCCACCGAGACCCCCAAGCUGGGCGAUGCCAGCAGCUGCCCUGCUGCGGGUGGGCUGCUGCUGCGCCGUGUCCCGACCCCCAACGCCUACAUGGAUGACCCCUUCGGGCAGCUCCCACCGACCGAGGUCCCCAAGCACCUCUACUCCAAUGUGGAGCGCCUGCAGCAGCUGCAGCAGAGCUUGGACCGAGCAGUGCCGGGGCAGCGCAAGAGACCCGUGUCUGCGCUGCCCGCCGGUGCCUGCAGCAAUGCCCUGGGCAGCGCAGCAUCGGCGGCAGCUCUCCGGGACAGGGCUGCCAGCCCGCAGCGGGCGAAGGUGAGCCCCGAGCUCCGGAGCAGGGAUCUCUCCCAGUCCCAGCGCACCCUGACGCUGCCCGAGAGGAAAGGGGCUCGGGACGGGCUGGAUAUUCUCAUCGGGAAGAGAGCCUUCCCCAAACUGGAGGAGAAGGUGGGGCAGCUGGAGAGGGCCUGCCGCAUGAAGGGCAGGCUGAAAGCCGGCUCCGAGAUGAACCUGCUGGCCAUUGGCAAGUCGCUGAAGGGUCACAUCGCCGCUACCGCCAGCUCGGCCGGCUACGAGGGCUCAUUCCUCACGCCGCUGUUGAAGCGCACCGCUUCGGCAAAGAGUGCCCUGAAGCCAUCUCCCUCCCCGGUCCUCGUCGAAAAGGGAAAAGUGCUGCAGAAGAGAAAGGAGUGGGAGAUGAAGUCUGCGAUGUGACCAGUGCUGCAGCGGCCCCGGGGCAGCCCCCGACACGCAAACGUACCUGCCGGACCGGGCACCUCUCAGCAGAACGUAGGGCUGCACGUGGAUCGUGCAGGACCAGCCUGGUAUCUGUUUUUUAACCAUCAAUAUCAAUGCUACAACUACGCACAUCUAUUUUUUUUAUAUAUAUAUAUACAUAUAAA